GAGAGCCGGCGCGGGAGCCCGCCGCGGGGCUGCGCGGGGCGGGGGCGCAGCAAGUGCAUCUGAGCGUGCGGAGAGCAGCGCACGGGCGUCUGCGGCGAGGGUGGUGUGCGGAGGAGCCGGGCCGCUCCGAGGGAGGAAGGAUGCGUGCGGGGAACUUUUCGACCGCCCUGGAAGUACGACCAGUCGCGCUCCCAGGGGCUGCCUUUGGCCGCUGGGCGAGUGUGCCCGCCGCCGCCCCUCCCCCACUUCCGCCUCCCGCCUCUUCCUCGUUCCCGGCUCCCAAGGCCCGUCGGUCCCGGGGGAGACCCGGAGGCGCAGCCCCACCCCGGCCGGCGCGGCUCGCUCCCACGCCCCCGCCGCCGCCUCGCCUUCGCGGACAGUCUGAGCAGCGGGGGCGCCGGGCGCUGCAGGAGCCGACAUGGACCCAAAUCCUCGGGCAGCCCUGGAGCGCCAGCAGCUCCGCCUUCGGGAGCGGCAGAAAUUCUUCGAGGACAUUUUGCAGCCAGAGACAGAGUUUGUCUUCCCUCUGUCCCACCUGCAUCUCGAGUCACAGAGACCCCCCAUAGGUAGUAUCUCGUCUAUGGAAGUGAACGUGGACGCACUAGAGCAAGUAGAACUUAUUGACCUUGGGGAUCAGGAUGGAGCAGACGUGUUCUUGCCGUGUGAAGAUCCUCCACCAACUCCCCAGACGUCUGGGGUGGACGACCAUCCAGAGGAGCUGAGCCUGCCAGUGCCCAUGGCAGACAGGACCACAUCCAGGACCUCUUCCUCAUCCUCUGACUCCUCUACCAGCCUGCACAGCCCAAAUCCGAGUGAUGGUGGAGCAGACACGCCCUUGGCACAGUCGGAUGAGGAGGAGGAUGGAGCUGAUGCAGGGGCAGAGCCCGGGGCCUGCAGCUAGCAGUGGGCCCUCCUACAGACUGACCAAGCGGGCUAAUCUGCACACGAGGCUGAAGGAGAAGAAUUUUCUUCUUCGGGAGCAGACCAGACUCUUAACUUACAGUAGGCACCAGAGGGGAGGGAAGGAUGGCCGGAUUGUGUCUCUCUCUGAGAUUAACCCUUUCCUGCUUUACUGCUGACCUUUUCCUGCUGCAACCCUUGCACUAGUCUUUGGCUUACUCCUGAGGUAGGACUUGCAAAUAAGGCGAUGGAAGAUGAGGUAGGACGAGAUGCCACUGCUUUUCUUAGCACUCCUCCCUCCCCUGAACUAUCCUGUAGUCUUCUAAUAGAGUCUCCUAAACCAGUGUCUCUAAGUGGAUGUGAACUCCACACGUCGAGUAAGGUGGUACUCCAGCCAUCCUGCCUCCUUUACAACCUUUUUGGAACAGAGCACGGUAUAAAUAAUAAACAAAUAUUAACAUACCAA